UCAUGGCUUGAGCUUAUUUAUCUCCUUUUUUUAUUGAUUUAAUUUUAGAGGUCAAUCUUGAUUUUUUCAAAUUUAUGGAAACCGCCUGUUGCUGUCAAGAACAUAAAUACUAUACAUAAAAUUGUACAAUGUGGGUAUUAAAUGCAUGGCCGGCUCGAAGCUCGCUGGUCUUCCUUUUUACUGUUGCUUCUCUCUCUCUCUCUCUCUUAUUUAUUUUCUGUUCCUUUUUAUGCUACAUAUAAUGAUCCAUAAUUCAUUGCCUCCUUCUUUGGCUCUUCUUCCUCAUCUCCAUGAUUUCAAAAAAAAAAAAAACACCAAGCAUUAAUAGUCAUCUCCCAUUCUCCCUAUCUCUAUAUCCUUUCCUCUUUCCUACUUUUUUUUCAGCUUUGUCUUUGUCUAUGUGUCUCUUAGCCGUUUGAUGGUUUGUGUGUUUGUCUCGUGUUGAAUCUUUUUUUUUUAAAAAAGGGCCUUUUUACAAAGUGUUUGUUGGGUAUAAGUGAAGGGAAAAAUGGGAAGAACGCCUUGUUGUGACAAGAAGGGUUUGAAGAAAGGGCCAUGGACACCUGAAGAAGACGAGAUUCUCGUUAACUACAUCAAGAGUAACGGCCAUGGAAGCUGGCGUACGCUUCCCAAGCUUGCCGGUUUGCUUCGCUGUGGAAAGAGUUGCAGGCUGAGAUGGACAAAUUACCUAAGACCAGACAUAAAGCGUGGACCUUUUACUCCUGAUGAAGAGAAACUCGUCAUUCAGCUGCACGCCAUACUUGGCAACAGGUGGGCUGCUAUUGCGGCUCAGCUCCCGGGAAGAACAGACAACGAAAUCAAGAACUUGUGGAACACUCACCUGAAGAAACGCCUCCUCUGUAUGGGGCUUGAUCCCCAAACCCAUGAGCCAAUAGCCUCAUUUGGCGCCAUCAAACAAGCACCAGCCUCGCCAAUGACACGCCACAUGGCGCAGUGGGAAAGUGCCAGGCUUGAAGCUGAGGCCAGGCUCUCAAGAGAGUCAAUGCUCUUCACCCCUUCUCCUGCGGGAAAAUCAGACUCCGAUUACUUCUUACGCAUAUGGAACUCUGAAAUCGGUGAAUCUUUCAGAAACUUGGCCUGCAGAGAGGAAUCUGCCAGCCUGAGCCCUAACUCUCGGGCGUCUUCGUCUUUGAAAUGCGAAUCCACCCGUCUUUCUGCGAGCAAUGCCAAUGAAGAAAGCUGCAAGAGCUCCAAGUCAUGUGUGGAGGAAGAGAUGGUCGUUCAUGGUUCCGAUUCGUCAUGCUCCAACGAACUCGAGGAUUCAUCGGACAGUGCCCUGCAACUUCUUCUUGAUUUUCCUAUAAGCCACGACGACAUGAGCUUCUUGGAAGAAAACAUCGACAAUUACAACGAGUCUCCUGCUGCUGACUCCAUGGUUUGCCCUUUCUGAAGUAUCCAGGAAAGAUUCAAACUUUUUUUGUGGGUUUUUGUAAUCGGGGAUUAUUUGGAAAUUUAGCUGUUAAGGCGAUGGUGCAGAGACGUAUAUAAAUAUAUGCAAGUAUGUAUAUCAGGAUUAGUUCGGCCAUCUAAGUAGAUUUGUGGAAGAGAUGAUGAUGAUGAUCUCUUCGAUUCUUGUUGUAGUUAUUACAAAACCAGGCUUAACCUAUCAUCUAUGUUCUGUUUUUGUAUGUUCCUAUCUAUUGACUUCAUUUCUCCAACUCAGUUAUGGACAUUGACAAGCACAAACUAUGAAUGAUGCUUCAGAAACUUACAAAUGAGAAAGCACCCCCACCCUGAUGCUGUUUUUACACACAAAAGAACACCCAGAAA